CUAUUUUCCAACUGCUUUCUUCACCCACCCUCGUCACCCACUCUCUCCACCCUCCUAUCCUCACAUUUUUUAUCGAGGCCUAUCACUCUUUUCUAACCUUGUAGAUUCCCUCUUUCCUUCCGCUAUGAGGGCGCUACGUUUCUUGCUACUUUUGACGGUCGACCAUGCAGGCUGAGGUUGUCUCCUCUUGCAUGGCGCCCCGCUCAAUUCGAGCCUGGAUCCUCUGGUAUUCCCUCAUGCGCGAGUAGAAGGGUGCGACUGCAAUGAUACAGAACAAGAGGCUUUCAAAAUACUUCACCGCUGAUUUUGAGCGCCUGUCUCAGCAGAGGAAAACUCUGGUGAGCCUCGGCCGGUCGCAGGGCGUGCUCACGGUCAUCCAGCUUCUGCUGUCGGCUGUAUGUUACAAGGGUAGUUUGCUAGCUUCUAGAUUCAGCAACUCUUCCGUGCGCACUGCGCCACAUCACCUCCUCUUCUCCCCAUCUUUGUUCUCAACUAUUUGUGCGCUUCCCGGCCUUUCCGUCACUACGUCCGGACGUCACUGUUUCCAAUCAAAGGCCCGGAGAUGGCUCAGACCUACGCCUACAUGAGAUUGCGAGCAUACGACCGCAAGGGUGACGAGUAGGUACCGCAUGUGUGGAGAAAUUUCAUCGACUGACUUUGAGCGUAUUCGGUCUGGAGUUGACCCCCAAGAAUGAAGGAUCGGUC